UGCGCCACGCGUGAUUGCACGAGAAGCAAUAUGGCUGCGCCCAUGAAGUUUGCCCGAGUUUGCUGUCAGAGGCAUUUUCCUAGUGUUUCUGCACUUUCUUGCAAUAAAAAUAGAGUGUCAAGUUUUAAGCAUAGACAUCAGCGAUAUGCACAUAAUCAGAAUGGGGGAGAGUUUGACGUUGCAGUCAUUGGAGGAGGUAUUGUUGGAAUGGCAACAGCCCGGGAAAUUAAAGUUCGACACCCAAACCUGUCUUUUGUGGUUCUAGAAAAGGAAAAAGAAAUUUCAUUCCACCAGAGUGGACAUAACAGCGGGGUCAUCCACGCUGGAAUCUACUACACACCGGGGUCACUGAAGGCCAAGCUUUGUGUCCAGGGUGUGGAGCUCCUCUAUGACUACUGUGAUAAAAAUAACAUUCCUUACAACAAAUGUGGAAAGUUGAUUGUAGCAGUAGAACAAGAAGAAAUUCCAAGGUUAGAAGGUCUUCUGAAGAGAGGAAAUGAAAAUGGAGUCAAAGAUUUACGAAUGCUGGGUCCAAAGGAGAUCAGAGAAAUAGAACCAAAUUGUGAGGGUUUGAAAGCAGUACACUCCCCACAUACAGGAAUUAUUGACUACAAAGUGGUAACCCAGUCAUAUGGUCAUACUUUUGAGAAGCUAGGAGGACAUAUUUAUACGGACUUUGAGGUGACAGAUUUCUCAGUGACCAAGGAGAGUGGACACGGUAUUGACUAUCCAGUUACUAUCAGAGGCAGUGGUCACAAUAAGGGUGAAUCAAGAGAGGUCAGAUGUAAAUACGUGGUUACUUGUGGUGGCCUGUUCUCUGACCGGCUAGCUGAACUAUCUGGAUGUGAUCGGGAACCCAGAAUAGUGCCUUUCAGGGGAGACUACCUAUUGUUAAAACCUGAAAAGACUAACCUUGUUAAUGGAAAUAUAUAUCCUGUUCCCAAUCCCUUGUUUCCCUUUCUCGGAGUACAUUUCACACCCAGAAUAAAUGGAGAUGUCUGGCUUGGCCCUAAUGCAGUGCUGGCAUUCAAAAGAGAAGGAUACAGUCUCACAGAUUUUAGUCCAAAGGAUGCUAGAGAUGCUGUUUCUUUUAGGGGUCUUCGAAAACUAGCCAUAAGGAAUUUAGGAUUUGGAAUAAAGGAGAUGUACCGAGGUUUUAACAUAGCAGCCCAGGUCAAACUGCUUCAGAGAUAUGUGCCAUCCUUAAAAGUAUCAGAUGUUACAAGAGGUCCUUCAGGGGUGAGAGCCCAGGCUUUGGAUCGUGACGGUAAUCUUGUGGACGAUUUCGUUUUUGACGUAGGAGGCGGAGAACUGGGAUCUCGUAUAUUACAUGUACGGAAUGCACCAUCACCAGCUGCCACUUCCUCCUUAGCUAUUGCAAAAAUGGUUGCUGAUAAAGUGCAAAAUACUUUCAAUUUGUGUGUGUCAAAUGGUCAUUGUAAUGGUAACUCACAGCCCGAGAGUCAGCACCAGUUUCUGGACGAGUUGUACAAGAUGAUGGUCAAAGAUGGCUAUGAUGCCAUGAAGAACCGUGACUCUAAAGUCGUGGAAUUCAAACAUCCCAAGGAACUGGAAGCCAUGCUGGACAUGACUUUGGAGAAACAGACGUCAGAUGAGAGACUUCUGCAGAUUUGUCAAGAUGUUAUUAGAUACAGUGUCAAAACAGGCCACCCCCAUUUCUUUAACCAGUUGUUUGGAGGACUAGAUGAAUACAGCUUAGGAGGGGCUUGGUUAACAGAGACCCUCAAUACCAGUGUAUACACUUUUGAGGUGUCACCAGUGUUCACUGUCAUGGAGAAAGCUCUGCUACAAAAAAUGCUGAAUCUCAUUGGCUUCAAUGAUGGGGAUGCCAUUUUCUGUCCAGGAGGUUCUAUUGCCAAUAUGUAUGCAUUGAACGUGGCUCGUUAUAAAAGAUUCCCAGAUGUCAAAAGGACAGGGGUGUAUGGGUUACCAAGACUCUGUGUGCUGACUUCAGAAAAGGGUCAUUACUCCAUGAAAAAAGGGAUGGCAUUUUUAGGUCUUGGCUUGGAAAAUCUUAUCAGUGUCAAGUCAGAUAACAAAGGAAAGAUGGAUGUGAAGGACUUAGAGGAAAAGAUUCUUCAAGCCCAGUCAGAGGGUAAGGUCCCUUAUCUUGUGAAUGCAACUGCAGGUACCACUGUUUUUGGGGCGUAUGAUCCUCUGGAUAAGAUAGCAGACAUCUGCGAGAAGUAUGGACUGUGGAUGCAUGUAGAUGGAGCCUGGGGUGGCAGUGCUCUGGUCUCCAAAAAUCAGCGAGGUCUGAUGAAAGGCAUUGAAAGAGCAGACUCCAUGACUUGGAACCCACAUAAAAUGAUGGGAGCCCCUCUCCAAUCUUCUGCUUUCCUCACAAGACACAAGAACCUCCUACCCGCUUGCCAUUCAGCCAAUGCUGCCUACCUGUUCCAACAAGACAAAUUCUAUGAUGUGUCCUAUGAUACAGGGGACAAGUCCAUACAGUGUGGGCGUAAGAAUGACUCCCUCAAGUUAUGGUUGAUGUGGAAAGCCAAAGGAGACGAAGGCUUCCAGAAGGAUAUUGAUAAUCUAUUUGAAUGUUCAAAAUAUUUAGCCAAACUUGUGAGAGAGAGGGAAGGAUUUGAAUUAGUUGUCGAGCCUGAGUGCACCAAUGUGUGCUUUUGGUACAUUCCAGUCAGUAUGAGAAACCAGAAGAGAGAUGCUGAUUGGUGGCAGAGACUGGGAAAGGUUGCCCCUCAGAUUAAGGAGGGAAUGACAAGAGACGGGACCAUGUUAAUAGGAUACCAGCCGGACGGAGACCGCGUCAAUUUCUUCAGGAUGAUCGUGUCUAAUCUGGAUACAAACAAAGCCGACAUGCAGUUUGUUGUUGAUGAAAUUGACAGGCUUGGAAAAGAUUUAUAGUCAUGUGUAGUAGUAAGAUGAAAAGGUUGUAGCUUUGUACAUAGCUAGUCAAGAGUCAGAUCUUUUAUCAGAAUAAUGGCAUAAUUAGAAGGACAUAUACUGGACCAUAUAUUAAACAUCAGUUUUGUGGUUCUCCAUUUCAUAAGCACAACUUAUCAUGUUCACUGAUUGCAAAAAUCAAGAAAAAGAAAACUUCAUCUACAUUGCACCUUCCUAACUGAAGCUUGUGUGAAAUUGCAAAACUUUGGAAUUCCAAAAGAAAUAUUACUUAUAUAAGUAAAAUUUUUCAUAUUCAUAUGUAUGUACAUGUAUACAGAAAUUAUAAAUUAUAGUUGUUAUAGAAUGAAAUUUGUUGAUGCCUAUAACCAUGUUUUGUAUUUAACAUGCUGUGUUCAUGUCAAAUCCUUUCUUUUCUUACCAGAUGGACAUAAUUUUUGCACUUUUUCCAUAAAAAUUAAACUCAUGAACAUUUAUUCUUAAUAUCAUCAAUUUUGAAAUGGUGAAAAAGUAUCAAUAUCCUCUAUUAAUGAAGUUUUUUUUUAAAAUGUGCAAAAAUUUGAGUCCACAGAAGAAAAAAACGAUAACAGUAUUCAAAUAUAUUAAUUUGAUGCAAAAGUGCUUUCUAUUUUAAAAGGAAAUGAAGUGCUUAUAUGUAUUGAAAUUUCAUAUUAUUUAUAUUUUAUGCAGCUUGAUAAAGUCUGCUUUGAUUUUUUUUUAUUAUACUUCAUAUACUGUUUAUACAUGUAUUCAUGUGAAUACCUCUGGUGCAUUGAUGCUUAUUGCUAACAGUUGCAGUGCAGUGAUUUUCAUUUGCCUGGCGUUACAAUAUAAAUGUACUGUUAUUGUAAACUAAAUAGAUAUCACAAAUUUUGUUUAUAACAAAGCAAAAUUGUCCAUCCUUAGCUCUUUGUUACCAGCUUGCUUUAUGUAAAGUAACUUGAUACUCUGGAAAAUUUUAAACAUUGAAUCAAGUACACACGUACCAGUGAGUAUAUGUUUGGCUUGAAUAUAAGUUAAACAAGUUUGAAACAUGUAGUAAUGAGACAAUGUUAGAAAAAAAAAUAUGUUUGAAACAAGAAUAACACCAAAGGAAGUGUAUACAAGCUUUUGUAUUUAUUAUUUUACUGCUGUUCAGGAAUUUAUAUUGUUUUUUCUGCUUUUCUGAGGUGCGUUUAUAUUUGCUUUGAGAAAUUAGAUAAACCUACUUGUAUAUCUAUUUAUUACCUCAGAAUAUUACCGGUAUGUUAUAUUUCAUACAUUAUGAGUCCUACUGCUUUAAUUUUAUACAACCAAAAUGUUAUGAAGCAGCCGUCUUUUUUUGCCAUUUUUAAAAAUAUUAAUCUAUACCUCUUAGAAUGAUAUGUCCUCAGUGCUAUUUAUUAUUUAUACUGAUAUAUAUAUAUACAUGUAUGAUAUUGACCAAAAUGUGCAUUAGACAUUUUUGAUGAAUACAUGAAGUAUUCAUUUUAUAUUUUAAAUUCUGCUUUUGAAGUGAUUUGGAAAUGUUGAAGGCAUUUUAAACAACUAGCUCUAAAUAUUUCCAAAAUGAAUAGCAUCAUUUUAACUUUUCAUAGAAUUGCCUUUAGAAAAUUUUCUUCAGAAUGGAAAUUACAUUGUACUUAAUGUAUCAUUGUUUAUUUAUAAGAUUAACAAAAACAAUGGUUUAUUGAUCAGAUUAACAAAAACAACAUAUUUUAAUAUUCAUUUUCCAUACAAAUUGGAUAGAAACUAUAAGAGUUUUGAUUUGAUGUUUGUCUGCCAAGGUCCAUGUAUCUCUAUACUAUCUUUUGAUUAUAUUAGUGUGUUUCUUAUAUUCAUUUGUUGAUUUCUCAGACUGCAAGAAUUCUCUAUGCAUCUUGUUUUGUUACCAGAAUAAAAGAA